AUUAUAAACAUUUAUUCGAUUAUCCAAUAAAUAAAAUAUAUACAUAAAAAUGCAUGAAACAACUGAUUCUAGUAAUGAUAAAGUUUCAUUCAAAUUUAAAAUUUCUGCGAAAUUAGUACAAACUCAACGAUCGAUAUAUACGCCUCCAUUCGCUACGACACAAAAUAUGUUUUGGCAAUUAAAAUUUCAUCCGGAAAGUAAAGAUCAUAAUGAAUUUUGCGCCCUUUGGUUAGUAGCUUUACCAAAUCCGAUAGAAAAAUAUUCACCAGAAAAUUGGUCAGAUAGAUCAAAAUAUUCUGUUACAUACUUUAUGAAAAAUCCCUGUGAAAAAUUAAAUUUUGGUAAAUUAGAAAAUUAUAAUGCUAGAUCCCCGGUAUGGGGUUUUACAAAAUUUUGUAAAAAAGAUCGUUUACCAAAAGAAGGGGAAAUAACUAUUGGAGUGAGAUUUAAUAAAGUUAAAUAUGAAACUGAAAAGAUUGCUACACCUCUUCCUUCUCAACCAUUUCCUCAAGAUUUAUUAAAAGCUUGGAAAUUAGAAUUGGAUCAACCCAAUAUUUCUGAUGUGCAAUUUCAUUUUAAUGAUUUUAAUGAUAAAAUCUUAUAUGCGAGAAGUUCUAUAUUAGUUGAACGUUCAGAAUAUUUUAGAUGUAUGUUUCAACAAGAUAAAUGGUCAGAAUCAAAAUUUACAACAAAUUCUUCGACAACAAAAGCCUUAAUAACUUCCCCAAUUUCAUCAAAAUCUUGCUCAUCAACGAUUUCAACGAAAAGAUCUUGGAAUAAUCUCUUUGAUUUAUAUUCAACAAUGUAUCGUAGAAUAAAAACAAUUAAAUCACCAACAUCAACAUCAGCGAGGACAUCAACGACGACAUUGGUAACAUCAUCCUUUGGAACCACUUGUACAAUAAUAUAUGGAGGUGAAAAUAUUUCCACAAAGGUUCCAAAGAAGUAUAUAGUAAAUGUAAGUGAUUUUCAUCAUGAUACAUUCAAAACAAUGUUAAAAUUUCUUUACACGAAUCAAGUGGAAUUUUAUCCGAAUUCAUUAUACAAACGACCUAUAGACCUGAUGGUGCAGUAGAAAUGUUAUUUAAUACAGAAUGGUUCUGGCCUGAUUUAAAAGAAAUGAUUAUGAAAUAUGUUGUAAAAAAAUGGGAGAUAGUUAGAGAAACUGAUAAAUAUAAAGAAAUAUUAGAAAAGCCUCAAGAUUAUCCUAAUUCUAAAGAACUUGUAGAAGAAAUUAUGGAGAGAGUUAGAGAAGAUGAUGAAAGAAAAAAAAUCUCUCAAGAAACCACUUCUGUUAGCGUUAGCGCUAAUUAAUAAUAUUUUGGUAUGUUUGACAAAAAAAUAAUAAUUAUUCAUUGGACAGUUUUUUUUUUUAUUUUUUUUAUCUUUUUUUAUAAGACUUAAUUUGUAAUAAUUUAUUUGUAUAAAAAAAAAAUUU